CUCCUUCCGUGCGGGUGCCCGCCAGAGAAGAACGAUAGAAAAUGGCGAGUCAGUGUAAAAGGCAGCAAUGCACAAUCGACAGGCGCGGCUUUCGGCAGGAACUGGACUCUUGGCGGCACAAACUCAUCCACUGCGUAGGUUUUGAGAGCAUUCUUGAGGGUCUCUUUGGUCCAGAGCUUGUAGAAGACCUAAAACUAUUCAAAGAUUUAGAGCCUGUCGCUGCAUCUGACUGGUCAUUUGAUGAAAACUGUCAGUUCUGCUGUUUGAGACGAGACAAAGUUAAGGAACACCUGAUAGGAUUAAACAAGGAGGAGCUUCAAGACACUCUCAGACCACAACUGGCCAAAGACCACGCCGCAAUCAGCAAAUUGGAAAAGCAAGCAGAAGAGUUUCUGAAUGCCGUCCUCAGCAGAAAAGAUGUGCCAAGUUUCUCAGACCCACACAUUCCAGUAGUGGCUCGAGAGAUCCUUCAGAGAAUGAUCCGACAGUUUGCUGCCGAAUAUACCUCAAAAACCAGCCCUCCUCAGGAUAGUUGCUCCGAUAACCAGCCAAGCUCUGACCAAAGUCUGCCGAACCCACAACAACCGCCCAGCAGCCCUGCAGCUGUCGUGGCCGGACCAGCACACAGCCAGAACCCUGUUCUCAGCAAGCUCCUCAUGGCUGACCAGGAUGCUCCUCUUGACCUCACAAUCAAGAAGCCCCAGUCUGAGCCCAGUGAGCAAGAUGGUGUCCUGGAUUUGUCCAUUAAAAAGAACCGCAACAGUAGCAGCGCUCCAGUCCGCAGCCCAUGUCUUUACCCGCUCACCUCCACACUCAAAGGUGAGUCUCAGGACUUGCGUCUUGCGAAGGCCAAAGAGCUACAGUCCACCCCAUCACUGGAACAAUUCAUUGCCAAGCUGUGCACUCACCACCAAAGACAAAUCGUGAGCACUCUGGGUUAUCUUCAGACGGAACUGCAGGCACUCUCAAGUACGCCGCCCUCCACCCAGAAAGCCAUCAGCUCCACAGCAAAGCCCAGCACACCCAGCCCUGUGAAAUUGUUUGGUGACAUAAAGGCGCUGUGCACAUCCACCCCAAAGGUGGAGCUCCAAGAUGUUUCUGUAACUCUGCCAAGUGUUAAGAAAAAAGCGCACGUCUCCUUGAUGAGUGCUGUGAAUACUCCAGCUGUGGCUGCUGACCUUCCUUCGCCGGGGUGUAAAAAGUCGCUGCUUGCAGUUUCUCCUGUGGAAACUUCAGGCAUCCGUCAAAGUGAUCAUGUCCCUCUGAAGAUGAAAAUCAUGAAGACUAGUAAUGUGGCCACCGGGAAGAAGUUGUCGUGUGUUUUGACAACUUCUAUUUCAGCUGACCUUGAAAAUUCGGAAGACCGGGCAGAUCACGCAAAAGGCAUCCAUUCUGCAAGACUCAGUUCUAGCUCUAAAAAACAAAAUCAUUCGAGUCACCUGAUCAAAAAGACUUUCAGACAUUGUAAAGAUGUACCUGCAAGCCCAUUUACUGUCCAUGCCGGCGUUCCGAUGGACUUGCCUCGGACGGCAAGGAAGAGCAUUCGUGCAGCCAUGGAACAAAAUGCAAAGGAAUGUGCUCAAAGGAUAAUCGUAGACCCAGAUAUUGGUCAGUGCGACAUCGUUUAUAUUAACAAACCUAUUACAGAGUGUUUCAAAGAACCACAGCGUCACAUGACACCACGUCGUAAUGCAAGAAAAAGCACGAGAGGCCACUUGUAUUCAGAUGACAUCUGGGUCGUAAAAACUGUCCGAACACUGGCCGGAAGAGGCAACUGUCCCAAUCCUAUGCCGGAUUUAAUCACAUUGGUCACCCCCAAACAAACAAUGUCCAAACCUGAGAGCGUACCCCCGGUAGAUACGCCUUUUGUUGGCACGUGCGUGGAAACUGUUGUUGAGUCAGGGUCUACAGACAAUAUGUUUGACCGCGCAAUAGCAGGCUCAGAAGAUGUGGUAGAAGUUGCAGUUAGUGAAGCAGACGUUGGUGUCGAAACCAGCCAGACGGAUCAACAGCUGGCCACACAAGACGCUGAUCCACAGCCUCUCGUGAGGUGUGACACAAAAGACGACCAUGUCAAGGCUUCAGCAAGGGAAGGAGAGGAAAAUGUUACUCCAGUUAACUCAAAAAUAAACAGCAGGACUGAAAGGAAAGGAGGAAGCACUGACUCUACUGCUACCAAACAGUUGGAAGACUGUGGGGAUGCUGUCGUAGAAGUUGGCAAAACUCUGCUUUCGUCAGGCGAUGUUGCAGCAGAUGAUUCUGGUUCACAGUCAGAUGUUGAGCAGUUGUCACAAGAAGCGGCUGGUGAGGUGAUCCAGGAGGAGAGGCAAGGAUUGCAAGAAGAGAACCAACCUCAGGAAAACCAGGCACCAGACACCUGUGAAAAUGUUCCACGGAACGUGCAAGCCAUUCCCACCCAUGACAGUGUUUCACCUGUCCAUGUGAUGGAAGUAGCAGUAGAAGAUGUAAAACAUGUAUCAUCAAAAACACUUGAUGAAGAACUACCUCCCUCACUUACAAAACGUGGAUCAGUGAGUGUUGCCCCAGAACAAGUAGAAGUGAUAGUUGGCUAUGUAAAUGGAAAGCCAGUAUCUGCCUCUGAUAGAAGCCUGCGGCACAAAUUACCGAGCGGCCCGUUAACUACUAAAACUGAGAAGGCAAAUUCCAAAAAGGCACCGACUAUGAGAGCAGUCACAGCAGUGGAAGGAAACCCCUCAUAUAUAGUGCCAGCUCUUCCGCAAACACCGGCGCAGGUUCUUGACAAACCAUCCUGCUUGAAGUCUCAACCUCUUGUGAAUGUCAAGCAAAUAAAAAGGGAAAAGAGAAAGUUGAGCGACUCAGCCAGCGUCUCAGAACAGCCCGAGUCCAAGCGGCAACUUAGGUCGGCGAGUCAGAAGGCAACUGCUGCCUUACCAAGCACCUCCAAAUUGCAGACGACGACUAAAAAGCCAUCUUUACCUUCACCACCAACAGUUCCAAACUCUGAACUCUCGACUUCACCUCUGGAAGCAGUUCCCUCUCCACGAUGUGACGUUGACCAAGUUUCUUCGUCCUCAGCGACAUCUCACAUUGAGUCAACAGAAACGGAAGAUCCAGUCUCCGUGGAAAACCAUAGUGAAGAUUUCCUGAGUUCUGCCCCACUACUUCCUACUUCCCCAGUGAAGCCCAACCCUGGUCUGGAUAGUAGCCCAAUACCUUCUGCUUCAUCUCAAAAGCAUGAUGAAGGAACCACCAGUCCAUCCCAUCAACCUUCUGCUUCCUCUGAGGAGUCGUCACUUCAUCCUCCACUUAUUUCUUCCCCAACACCUGAAGCUCCUAAAUUACCUAUAGCCAGUUCAUCAAAAAAGUCAUCAAUGCAACCUAGUCACGAAACAGACAAGUCACAGACCAAUCCUGAAGAGACGUUCAAGUCAAAACGGUUACAAGCCAAACAAAGACUUCGAGCUGCGAAAGCCAGUGAGAAUGGUGAUCCUGGAACUAAACCAUCUUCACCCCUGCCUCCGCCCAUUCCACCUCCAACAUCUGGAGCUGAUGAGGUACGUCCAGCUAGUGCACCCAGCAAGUCCACAGUCAAAGACUCCCGGAGGGACGAGGAAAAAAGGUUUGAGGCCAAACAAAAGCUGAGAUCUGCCAAGGCCGGAGAACAUUUGGGCAGCUCUGAAACUGGAGCAGCUCCACCCCAGCCCUCUCCUAGUCAAAAAGCUGAAGCCUGUCAGUCAUCUCCUGGCUGCACAUCUCGGCAACCCUUGGAUCAAACGGGUCUGGUGCAGUUAGCAGCCCCACACGUUGAUAAGUCAGAAAGCUCACUGCCCAAACUCCGAUCUGCCAGGCUUAGAGAAGAUGCCGAACACCUGAAGGCCACUGGGGAGAAGUCGGCUGUUGGUAAACAUGAAACAGAAUCAGUGGCGAUUAAAUGCAGUGACCAUAACGAAACUGAAACAAAAGACGUGGCUCAGACACCCAGUGAAGCGGUGUCUGCGGAACCCCCGGCUAGUGUUGCUGACAAGCCCACCAGAAUGCCCCUGAGAAGUGAGAGCAGCAAGGCGGAACGCUCCCUGCACGCUGCGUCUGAUUCGCAGAAACCAACUUUGAGGUCACAAAGGCAUCCUGCAUCUGAUACUAGUGAUGCUUCCUCGGCUGCAAAGAAAUUGGAUUUUGGUUCUCCAAACAGGAUGAUCCCUAAAAAAACCCCACGGGCUGUGCCGAGGUCUCCAGCUUCACCUGUCUCAUCUGUGAGGCCCCAGUUGUCCCCCCAAACUGUCAGCAGAUCGAGGUCCGAGCCUUGCAAGAAGGCUGAUAAAUUCUUCGAGCUGCUGAAUCGAGAGGAGAACAAACAGCUUCUAACAAACCUGAACAUCAGAUUUGAUAAGAUGCAGAAGGGCUGGGUGCAGUUGGACAAGGAAAGCCAGCCAGGAACAAAGAGCAAACACAAAGCAGACAGACAAGCUGUUAUAUGGAAAAGUAAACGCAGGAUUCGGAAGCCAAAGGUGCCAGAACAUCAGAAAUACUCUCCUGUCCAGAUGCUUUUCAUGAGAGGCUUCGACCUCUCCAGCAUUUGCCGCUGGUUCCUUGAGUCGACAGAAACCAAGUCCCUCGUGAUUGUCAAAAAAGUCAACACUCGUCUUCCGUCUGAAACUCAGUUGUGCUUCCACGGCGCGGCCGGUUCAUCCGGGGGUUCUCUUGGAGUCUUUCCCAGUCUCCAGGCAGAGCGCUUGAAGAAGCAUUUGAAGAAGUUCGCAAUCGCCUCGCCUGUGAAGAGCAACCCCAAGAGUCAGAAGUUGAUCGCUAAAGUGUUGGGGCUGGAGGCCAGGAAGAGGGACCCCCCGAGCAGCUCGCAGACCCCCACCAAGUCCCGCAUGUCUGCCCAAAUCCCCAAGCAGAAGAGUCAAAGUCAGAAAGCCAGCAAAUCAAAGAACCCCACCAGCGCCAGGAUCCUGAGGAAGUAUUCCAACAUCCGAGGGAAGAUGCAGGUCCAGCACACGGGGGCCAGACUCCAAGACACGUCGCGUCUGAAGGCCAAGAAUAUUAAAACGGUGGCCACGUCAAAGACGGUGUCGAAAUCCAACCCCAAACUGACGGUGAAAUGCCCCAAAAAUCCAGCGUCAAAACAAGCAAAAGACUCAACUGAAAACUCACAAACGAAUAAAACUGCGGUGGGGAAGACCUCAACUAAAGUACUGGACAAAGCCGUUAAAGUCCAGAAAACGAAGAAAGCUCCUACAAAGAAUCCUAAAACGGAGUUUCCGAAGAGAUGUUCUCAACGAAUCGGGUCUCCAAAGUUAUCGCCACGAAACGCGACUGAUUCAUCGCGGAACAAAGCUGAGCAGAAAGAAUCUGAGAAACGAGAAAUGAGGAAAAGCCCUUUGGACCGGCUGAGCGUCGCCAAAGUUCAGCCAAAACAAACGGCUCCGAACCCCGAUACGAAAAAGAAUAAUGUUGUUGCUGUACCUGCUGAGCAGAGCGCAGACGUCACACCUGCAGGUGACCAAGUCCUGACUCGAUCCCAGAAGAAGAUGGAAGCAGCAGCUCCUCAGGCUCCUGCAAAGAAAAGCGGUAGCACGCUGACGAGAGCCGCGAGGUCUGGAAACCUUUCGCAGACACUCGCCGCGAGGUCGCCGAUGACGCGAAGCGGCACUCGGACCAAGGCGCGACCCGUCAGUGCGGGUCCCAGUGCUGCCAAAAAGGCAAAGAAAAGGGCUCUGGAGAUUCUGUCUACCCCAGCGAAACGCACCAGGAUCUCCCUUUCCAAGUAGUUGAUUCAGUUCUCCACACGCCCUGCAGGGAGGCGCCAGAGCGACCGGUUAUAUUAAGGUGCUGUACGUCCGUCGAAGACGUUUUCUAACUUAUUUAUGUUGGUUUGAGGCGAAGCAUUACCAUGGCAGUCCAACUGUUACAGUAGCAGGCAACAGUGAAUAUACCGUGUGACCACGUGCCUUAUUUAUGAUGUGUGAAGUGAAAGGAAUGUUUUGCGAAAUGUGAAAUCUCUCCAAAGUUUGGAGUCCGCUCCAAAGCCGGAGAGGCAGAAGACAUUGAUUUGCACCGCUGAAAGUGUUUGGGCUUCUCCUCUGUUCGCUGAGCUCCGUAGAGCAUUAACUGCUGUUUCAGCGUGAGGCGACAGCAGACGCUUCUCCUUGACUUUGUUCUCUCUAUAUUUGGACUUGAUGUUCCACUGCAGUCACUUCCUCUUUUACGUGUCUUUCUCUCGCUGUGUGGCGUCGUAUUGAUCCGGAAUCAAUUGUAUUUAAGCGUCUCUCUCUGCUUCCUCCAGAUGAAAUCCAGAGUUUGUUUUGGAUGACUCUGCUUACAUGUUAAGCAAUAAGUGAUUUGAGAUGUAAACAUUGGUUUACAGCAUCAGCAUUACAACAUGGAAUAAAGAGGUUUUAUUGUUCGAUGUAGAUUUUUUUUUUUUUUUCAUUUACUCGUCUGUGAGGAGACAAAUGUUCAGUUGGCUUCUGUCAGCCUGUUGUGGUGAAGUGUGCAGUGGAUGUGCAUGUAACUGUGAACAUUGCUCUUUCCCCGAGGAUCUGUCAUCUGUACAUGGAAGCAUCUCUCUGUUAUUUAUGUAGAAGGUUAGCAGCCCACCAAAUAUCAGACUUGAACAAGUGUGUAUUCUUUACAGUUGCUAUUUAAAUAUUUUUGUACAUUAGAAGAUGAACUGCUUUAUUUGUCGGUGAUAAUGACACACUAUUAUGUCAAGAAUUUCCGUUGUCCUUAUAAAGAAUAUUUGAAUUUCAACUUUGCUUUUGCUUUGUCGUCUCUUCCCGCUCCUGGCUGCGCUGUCUGUUGUACACGUGGCCUCUUGGUCCACAAUCUGUAACCCGUUACUGAUUUUUAAACAUUCAACUUUUAUAACUCUAUAUUGAGUGAUCUAU